AUGAAAAUUUAACAGGGAUAAAACGUGCACGCACGCCGCACAGCGACAAAUACUACUACGUCACGGUGCGGAAAAAGCCCCCCGAUUAGUAGAUAUCUAUCCAUCCACCACGGCCGGUCAGCGCAGCCGCUGAGCUGGACAUGCAAAUGUCUUCUUCUGUUCAAAGCAACAAUAUCCAAAUUCCCACUUGCAAUUUUGGUCAACAACGCCAUUGCAAAAGCACCGAAUCUUCAACUCCUCUAUUAUUCAGAAGGAACGUUGAAUCACAACGGCAUGAUUCUGAUGAUGAUGAAGGAAACAAACAGAAGCAGAACGCAUCUUCUUCUUAUUUACCACCACCUACUCUCAUACUUAGCACCUUUGUUGCUGUUUUCGGUUCUUACGUUUUUGGCACUGCUAUCGGCUAUUCUUCCCCUACUCAAUCUAGAAUCAUGAUUGACCUCAAUCUCGGUGUUUCUCAGUUUUCAAUUUUCGGUUCAAUAUUGACUAUUGGAGCUAUGAUUGGUGCCAUUGUCAGUGGUACAAUAGCAGAUUAUGUUGGUCGUCGUCUUGCCAUGGGAUUCUCACAGCUAUUCUGCAUUUUGGGAUGGCUUGCCAUUACGUCCGCAAAGGAUGCUUUGUGGCUAUACAUUGGAAGACUAUUGGUAGGAUGUGGGAUUGGUCUGCUAUCUUAUGUGGUACCAGUUUAUAUAGCAGAAAUAACACCCAAGAAUCUUAGAGGUGGAUUCACCGCAGUUCAUCAGUUAAUGAUCUGCUGUGGGAUGUCAUUAACCUAUCUCAUUGGAGCAUUUGUGAACUGGCGGAUUUUGGCUGUAAUAGGAAUUGUUCCAUGUCUUGUACAACUUCUGAGUCUUCCCUUUAUCCCUGAUUCUCCUAGAUGGCUGGCAAAGGUCGGUCGCUUGAAAGAGAGUGAUUCUUCUUUACAGCGUCUUAGGGGGAAGAAUGCCGACAUUUAUAAAGAGGCCAAUGAAAUCAGAGAUUAUACAGAAGAACUUCAGCAGCAAACAGAGGCUAGCAUUAUUGGCUUAUUUCAAUUGCAAUAUUUGAAGUCACUUACAGUAGGACUCGGCUUGAUGAUACUACAACAGUUUGGAGGGAUUAAUGGCAUUGUUUUCUAUGCAAAUUCUAUAUUUAUCUCUGCUGGGUUCUCGGAGAGUAUUGGAACUAUAGCCAUGGUUGCUGUUAAGAUUCCAAUGACAACUUUAGGAGUAUUUUUGAUGGAUAGAUCUGGAAGACGACCACUUUUACUGUUGUCUGCAGUGGGAACUUGCAUAGGAUGCUUCCUCGCAGCCCUAUCAUUCUUCUUGCAGGACAUACAUAAAUGGAAGGAAGUCAGUCCUAUUCUGGCGCUUGUUGGUGUACUGGUCUACGUUGGAUCUUACUCGUUAGGCAUGGGAGCAAUUCCAUGGGUUAUAAUGUCUGAGAUAUUUCCUAUUAACGUGAAGGGUUCUGCUGGAAGCUUAGUAACCUUGGUUAACUGGUUGUGCUCUUGGAUUAUAUCAUAUGCUUUUAAUUUCCUCAUGACUUGGAGUUCAACAGGAACUUUCAUUGGAUUCGCUGUUACAUGUGGCUUCACUAUUCUAUUCGUAGCAAAACUAGUUCCUGAGACCAAGGGGCGUACACUAGAAGAAAUUCAAGCUUCGUUGAAUUCAAAUUCAACAAAGAGAUGAAUUCCAUGUACAAAAAACCCAGUAAGAAGUUUUCAAAAAUGGCAGAUUAUAAAGGUUUCAUGAAACAUCGUAGCCAUAAAAAGAUGGAAAAAGCAGGAAAAUUGCAUUUGGGAAGUCUCAGUAAUUAUUGUAUUGUAAUAGUCUGUUAUUUACACUUUUGUUUUUGUUGACAGAACGUGAUUUACACAUCCUUAGAAAUAGGUGUUUAUACCAUAACAUCUUCAGUUGUUUUUCAGGAAUUUUAUUUGGGGGACCGGAUUGUUAAGACAAUACUAGUAUUACAUGUAGAUUUGGAUCUUUGAUACUGUACUCAACUAGUUCUUACCUUGUGUACCUUAUUUUGGAUUUUUGUUGUAUUAUUUUUCAUUUCAAUAACUUUAUUGAAGAAGUAUAGGACAAAAUAA